UCUCGCUUAAAAAUGCCUAGGUUGAGUGAGUGAAAUCUGUCAAAAUUUGAAUGAAGUGAACAACAAAUUGUUCGAAAAUAAAAUGAGUAUUCUAAUGUAUAUUCUUCGAAAUAUGAAGCAUUCACCUUUUUCUCCUGCGCAGUUAAAUUGGAAUGAAAGUCUAAUACGUAUGUCUUCAAAUGAAACUAUCAGUCCUAGAAUGCAGGAAUUCAGAAAAAAACUGAGAGAGAAAACACCAAUUGAAAAGUUGGAUGAACAGCCUCUAGCAAAACACCCGUAUGAGGAGAAAGAGCCAUUACCCACUUGGCCAAAUGAUACCAAUCCAAAUACCGGAGAAGUAGGUGGUCCCAAAGGGCCAGAACCAACGAGGUAUGGUGAUUGGGAGAGGAAAGGAAGAGUGUCUGAUUUCUGAGAAAUAGUUUCACUCUUUUUUUUUAUAAUGAAAAAUGAAAUUAUUAGAGAUGUAUACUGAAUUCUUUUGAUAUCCCUUUUUUAAGUAGUAAACGAAAUCGUUAAAAAA